AUGGAGGUAGCACUGGUUAAAUUCGAGACCUUGAACGACAUCAAGAUCAACAUGGGUGAGCAAGGGCAGCUGCCACCAUCACCGACCAUACCUUCACCAGCAAGGAAAGGGCGUCCAAGCUGCACAAGCCUUACUUCCAGCUGGAGACUCCUGCUGAACAGUGAAGCAACACAGAGUGAGAGCAUCUUCAGCCGACUAGCUAAGGACUGUUGUGAGGAUCUGUUGUUUGACAAGCGGACAUUGGAUGAUGGUGACCAAAAAGUCAUCAUCAACAUUGCUGGCCUGCGUUUUGAGACACGCCUCCGGACCCUGGACCAGUUCCCAGAAACUCUGCUGGGGGACCCCAAGAAGAGGAUGAACUACUUUGACCCUAUGAGGAAUGAGUACUUCUUCGACCGAAACAGGCCUAGCUUUGAUGGGAUCCUCUACUAUUACCAGUCAGGGGGUAAGAUCCGACGACCAGCUAAUGUGCCGUUGGACAUUUUUGCAGAUGAGAUUAUUUUUUAUGAACUUGGCAGCGACGCAAUGGAGCAGUUCCGUGAGGAUGAAGGUUUUAUUAAAGAGAUAGAGGUGCCCUUGCCCACCAGUGAAAUCUAUCGCCAGCUGUGGCUUUUGUUUGAGUAUCCUGAGAGCUCCAAUGCAGCCCGUGGUGUGGCUUUGGUCUCAGUCUUUGUCAUCAUUAUCUCCAUCAUUGUCUUCUGCCUGGAAACACUGCCUGAAUUCCGUGAGGACAUCGGAAUCCUCCCUACAGUUGCCCAGUUCCUCAACCAAUCCCAAGGCAGCGAGGCAUCUCUGCUACCCAUGGGUCCCACACAGAAAACCAUCACCUCCACUCUGUCUGACCCCUUUUUCAUGAUUGAGACAGCCUGCAUUGUCUGGUUCUUCUUUGAGCUGUGCAUACGCUUCUUAGCCUGCCCCAGCAAGAAGGACUUCUUCAACAACAUCAUGAACAUUAUUGACAUCAUCUCCAUAAUCCCCUAUUUUGUCACCUUGAUAACGGAGAUGGUGACCACAGCCGAUGCAAGUUCUGGCCAGAACAUGUCCCUGGCUAUUCUGCGCAUAAUCCGCCUCGUCAGGGUCUUUCGCAUCUUCAAGCUUUCCCGGCACUCGAAGGGGCUGCAGAUCCUUGGCCAGACAUUGAAGGCCAGUAUGCGUGAGCUAGGUCUUCUCAUCUUCUUCCUGUUUAUUGGUGUCAUCCUUUUCUCUAGUGCAAUUUACUUUGCAGAAGCAGAUGAGCCGAAUACUCAGUUUGGCAGCAUCCCUGAUGGCUUCUGGUGGGCUGUGGUAACCAUGACUACAGUGGGUUAUGGAGACAUGUGCCCCAUUACCAUGGGCGGCAAGCUGGUUGGCACCUUGUGUGCCAUUGCUGGUGUGCUGACCCUUGCCCUACCUGUGCCCGUUAUCGUCUCCAACUUCAACUACUUCUAUCACCGUGAAACAGAGCAGGAGGACAAGCCACCCAUGCCAGAAGAAGCAGAAGUGGCCUAUAAAUCUGGGGCCACCAGCAAGCUUGGAAGCACCACUUCACUUAAUAAAGCCAACGGCAGCUGGCAGGGGGAAAAAUCCAAAAGCCUUGUUCUGUAA